AAAGCAGUCGAUAAAUACCACCUCGACUGUUAAGAUUAGUAGCCCAGAUCUAUCUUCCGAUCACCGCACAUAAAUUGUUUCCCAUUUCUUACGUUCUAUAACACCCGACAAUUUGUGGACCAGCCAAUUCGUCCUUACAAUAUCAACGUACAACUUUGGACAUACCGAGGCCGUUUUCGUUUUUGCGGUCCAAACGGACGGACCGGUCUGAUCGCGAAAACGCAAACGUCCAGAACUCCUAAAGUCAUGAUGGCAGGAAAGGAGGUUGUAGCUGCCGGCUUUAUUGUUUUUCGGUCACUGUCGUCUGAAAUACAAUACCUUUUGCUUCAGACAUCGUAUGGGCAACACCACUGGACACCACCAAAAGGUCAUGUUGAUCCUGGAGAGUCUGAAUUUGAAACAGCACUGAGAGAAACGGCAGAAGAGGCAGGUUUGAACAAGUCACACCUGGAGAUCGUAGAUAAUUUCAAAAAAACAUUACACUAUCCUGUGAAUGGACGACCAAAGAGAGUUGUGUAUUGGUUGGCAAAAAUGAAAGAUCCUGAAAUGCCUGUUACUCUGUCUGAUGAACACAUUGACUUUAAGUGGUUGAAACUGGAGGAAGCAAAUAAACUCAUUUCCCAAUAUAAAGACAUGCAAACAGUUUUUAAUGAAACAGAUGAAUUCCUUAAAACUAAAGGCAACAAUUUGUGAUAAUACUUGUGAGUUUUGUUUUGUGUGUUUUUUUGGGGUUUUUUUUCAUUUAUUUCAAAUACACGUUUCCUCACAAUAUGUCACCUAAGAGAACUGUGGAUGACAAUUUAAAAAAAAAAUGUGACAGUUUAGUAAAGCUAGGCUUGUUUGACUUUGUAUACCGGUACUCGUUAAUAUUGAAUAAUGUCAGCCUGUGUGACAUUUUGCAAUUUGAAAGGCCAGUUCAAACUAUUCAAAUUAUAUGCUUCACCUCAUAUUGAUGAUAACAACUAUUUUUUUUCAAUUGAUUCAAUAUUUGAAUUUUUUAAUGAAAUAGUAUUCUGGUCUUUUGUAUUCAAAUGCUUAUAGCUUGAAAUUAAAGUCUGUAACAUGCCCUUGA